UGGAUUCAGACCCCCACAAGCAUUGUGAAUGCAAAUUCUUGGCUCCUAAUCGGAUAAGAUCGCCAUUGGCAGAGUCAGACAAGGCCCAUCUCCCUCAAACAGAGACGCACCUACGAAAUACUAUAAUAAGAAUGGUCGCAAUGUCGCAUCAAGGAAGGAAUCCCGAUAACCCAGAUUACUUCCACCUCUAAUAUUUAUCUAUUAUUUCCAUUUUUAGAUGUGUGAUGUGUUAUUUAUAUAUUUGUCCACUGUUUUUCAUAGAUUUCGUCAAGAACUGGGCCUUUCUAGUAGAAAGUGAUAGGGGAGGUUUUCUGGGUAAGUUCUUUUAUAUGCACAUUUAUAUGUGGCUCUCUGUAGAGUUAUAGAAAGAGUGGGAGUUUUUGAGGCGCAGAUUUCACAGUUGUUCUUCGUGCCGUUAUUUUGCUCCAGUUGGGAUAUGCUGGAAAGGUUUUCUGUGGCAAUCUGAUUUCAGUCUGUGUGGUUACAUCCAUGUCAAUUUACCUAUCUAUCUUGGAGGGUUUCAGAGAGGAUUAAGCUCCUGAAUCAUGGCGAGUCCUUAUGAAACAUCACAAAAUGGUAAUGGUGAAGUAGCCGAUUCUGGCAGUCUCCAGAUUAUUAAAUACGCACCAUUUCUACCCUGCACCAAAUUGUCAUCUCCUUGGUUUGAUUUGAGAGUCUUCUAUAUUAGAGUGAGUAAUUUCCUGGUUGACAACUCAACCCCUGAGUCUCUCAAUCUCAUCCAUAUACCCCUAAGCCCGGACACUUUCUUGGAGAUUAAUGGUUCUAGAAGUAAUAUUUAUUCCGAUGGUGUAUCUUCACUCCUAAGAAGAAAUCGAGUGGACAAAAAAUCAGAAGAAGCCACAUUUGUGAGCACUGAUAAUGUUAGGUUAACGGGGAGUGUGAAAUUCGUGGUGUUCGAUAAAGAGGAUCUCAUUCUAUCAGGGGUUUUGGAGAUGUCUAAUGGUAAUGGCGUCACUGGGGAGAUGAAAGGAAAUGGCAAGAGAUGGACCAUGAAUUGUGACUCGGCGAUAACUGCUGGCUCUGGCUUCUUGAAGGGAAAACAUAUUUCAAGUCAUGAAUUAUCAUUACCAAUGAUAGAAGUUUACAUUGCUGGCUGCUUCUCAGGGAAACCAAUCAUCUUAACUAAGACUCUGCAGCUUAGUUUCCGGAAAAAGCAUAACAGGAUGUGUGCACUAGAUGUGAUCCCAGAGUAUGAGAUGACUGAAUCACAGAAAGAUUUGUCACCCGGUCAUGAUCUCCAGGUAGCAGACUAUAGAGACUACAAACCUGAAGCUGAACAAGACUACAGCAACAUCUACUGGAGGAGGACAGAAUACAUGGAGGGUGAAGAUGGUGAACUUUCAUGGUUCAAUGCUGGUGUCAGGGUUGGUGUUGGAAUUGGGCUAGGCAUAUGUCUGGGAAUUGGUAUAGGGGUCGGCUUGCUGGCCCGUACCUACCAAACAACCACUCGAAACUUCAAGAGGCGACUUGGGUGAUUCUUGUCAGUUCCCUCUGUCCAUAGGCGGCUAACUUCUUGUUUAUGAUGGGAUGAUCACAGAUUUUGACUCAGUAGUUUCUGUGUCCUAACAGUUUUUUCACUUUCUUUUCCUUGCAUGUGUUUCUUGUCUGAACUCAUAUCUAAAUGUGUCAUGGUGCUUGUUUAGAAGAAAGGAUAUAUACAUAACUGGAUUCCUAACUGGAAUGGAAUGAGAAGGGUUUGUCAGUGUUUUACACAUUUCACAUUUGUAUGGAUUGUAUUUCCCUGUAAAUAAAACUGGUUUUUGUGAACC